AUGCACAGUGGUUUUAAUCCACCCGGAGCGCGGGUUCGAUUCCCCCGUGAUUCUUCUACGGACGCUGGGCAAGGCAGGGUGACGGCGGCCCUGGAUGCGCAAGAUCACGGCAUGGUCACUUGCGCUUUCCCUAAAUCCAUUAGCAGUCCCGGCAUGAUCCCGUCUUCUUCCCCUUCUCCUCCUUCACUGCGCCAAGAAACGACAACAAUCCUCCGGGUCGAGGGACGGCGGGACGUCCAUGUCGAAGGGUACGGAUCCAGAGACGAGGAGGAGGAGGAGCAGGAGGGGAGAGAGCCCGAGCAUGGGCUGGAGGUGAGGAGGAGAGAGGGCGAGAGACAGAGAGAUACAGAGAAGAGAGAGAGAGAGAGAGAGAGAGAGACGAGCAGAGGAGAGGAGACAGCAGCAGCAGCGAGGAUACAGCCCCCUAUGAGGCGCUCUGGGUUUCCUGCGCUCCCAUUAUACUGCACUGCUGCACCGACUCUGACGUCGAGCCAAGGUUAGUGCUGUGAACGCGCAGAGAGAGAGAGAGAGAGAGAGAGAGAGAGAGAGAGAGAGAGAGAGAGAGAGAGAGAGAGAGAGAGAGAGAGAGAGCAACAGUAGGGGAGAGUGGGUUAGGAUGAUCCAUGUUUCAUAUUUGGAUCAGUCCAUCAAGUCAGUCCUGGUUUUGUCUCUAACUCGUGUCUCUGCAGAUAUUUCAGGAUCUUGUUCAUCCCUGAAAACCAACAGGAUGAGUGUAAACAGAACUGUCAUCUUCAGAAUAUAGCAGGACAAAAAAAGGGGUCUCCUAUGGUCAACUUACCCCAGGUAUGGGGGGGUAAGUUGACCACUUCUUCACAUUCAUGUGUAUUUUUAUCUAUUAAUCUCUAUUCUAUGGUGGCCAAGUACUGCCACUGCUGCAAAUAAAAAUGAAUGCAAAUAGAAAAAUCCACAACAGCAGUGAGCUGUCGGGGACCAAUAAUGAUGAUGCACAGGUGUUUUAUAAUCUAGACACAGAAGACGACGGCGAGAAGACGAGCAAAGAAGUCACUUGGAGGAUGUCGGUGUCGUGUUCGCUUCAGUUUAACUUCAUCUGGACUCAGGAGCUACACUGUCUAACCACAUGA